AUGGCGGAGGAGGCGCCGCAGCGGCCGCAGCUGGACAUGCCGCUGGUCCUGGACAAGGACCUGACCAGGCAGAUGCGGCUGCGCGUGGAGAGCCUGAAGCAGCGCGGGGAGAAGCGGCAGGACGGCGAGAAGCUGCUGCGGCCGGCCGAGUCCGUGUACCGCCUGGACUUCGUGCAGCAGCAGAAGCUGCAGUUCGAGCGCUGGAACGUGGAGCUGGACAAGCCGGGCAAGGUCACCAUCACGGGCACCUCGCAGAACUGGACGCCCGACCUCACCAACCUCAUGACGCGCCAGCUGCUGGACCCCGCCGCCAUCUUCUGGCGCAAGGAGGACUCGGACGCCAUGGACUGGAAUGAGGCGGACGCCCUGGAGUUCGGGGAGCGCCUGUCGGACCUGGCCAGGAUCCGCAAGGUCAUGUACUUCCUCAUCACCUUCGGCGAGGGCCUGGAGCCCGCCAACCUCAAGGCCUCGGUGGUCUUUAACCAGCUCUGA